ACGAAGUUUUAUUGCACCAAUCAGUCAGUGCCAUAACAAAACCGCACACAUAGUAGCCCGAGACGAAUGUGUGUUUGAACACUGUUAAUCGCCUACUUCGCGAUACAGCACUUCUGUUUCUGUCAAAAUCAUUGCAAAAAUCGUAGUGCCGUACAGUGACACGGAUGUGAGACAAUUCGACUGGAAAAAAGUGUUAAAUUUGGAACUUUAACUAUGCGAUAUUGACCCUUCGAGUCGAUCGAAGGCAUCAUCAGUGCAGUGACAACGCAGUACCAGUUUUAAACGCAACAAUGGAGUACGGCAAGGCCAUUUUCUGGCUGCUGUUCGGAUUGAGUUGGGUGUUUCUGGUGAAUUCUGGGGAUAUUGCGAACAGUGGGGAUUCCCCAAGGGAAUCCCUGAGCAAAGGGCGUGAACUGAAUGCGACUGUAUCGCAAGUGAUUCAAGCGUUGGGGGACAGCCCAUAUCAUGGAGACAGCAGUCAGGAGCACUCGAAGCGGGGUCGAAUCUUCGCGAGGAAAGGCGUAGACAUGAAUGGAACUACGACUACGACCUCGACACCUAGUGUUGCUGCAACAGCGCCGAAAGCCAGCGAAGCGCAACAACUGAGCAAUGUUACAACGGCGGCGUCCAAAUCGCAGCAACCACCGCCGCCAGUGCCGCAGGUUAACAUCAGCAAUCCAGUUGUAGUAGGCGGCGCCGCCGUCGUCAACUCGACUACGGUUGCGAAAACGAAAGCAACUACGUCGGUGCCUGCUACGAACGCUACUUCCAGCGUUGAGCUUCCAGCGGUUGUUGCGAACUCGACUGCGAGUUCAACAACAUCCACAACUCCUUCGACGACGACGACGACGACGACAACGACAACAACGUCGACUACAACAACAACCACCACCACAACAACAACUACGACAAAACCUCCAAAGAAGCCAAAAAUAACCUACUCCGUGGAUGACGAACCGAAACUUCUCCAAGCGGCCAAACCCGGCUACAACGCGGGAUCCUCCUCCUCGGCGAGCGACGCCAACGGACGGCUGCACGUCGAUGAACCCCUGGUGGAACUCUCGCAGGAGUACAUCCCUCCGGCGUUGAUGGGACCGCCCCGAGGUCACCGGGAGUACGUGGUCCCGGUGGUGACGCUAAUCUUUGCGAUUCCCCUGCUGAUGGGUCUGUUCCUGCUGUCCUACCGGCGAGCGAAGGAGUUCUGGCUAACCCGGCACUACCGCCGGAUGGACUUCCUCGUGGACGGGAUGUAUAACUACUAGGUGGAGCAUCAGGAGGGUCCAAAGGAGCAGCGGUGCCGUGCAAUAAUCAGCGCGCGUCUCAUCUUUCCAGCAGAAACAAGAGUUCUGACAAUAAAUUUCAAAUGUUUUGAAAUGCGCAAUACCGAUCUAGUGACCAACGACUGAUUAUUGCACCCGAAUCGAAUUCUUAUCGAAGUUACCGGGAACUUUUGUGCGAAACGAAGGAAAUAUCUUAUGCCAAUACACUUUUUUGAGGUUUUUUUUAUGUAUAAAUCUUACAUUAUUGUUUCUUACCCAUUCAAAACAUACUAGCCAAUAUGGAGCAUGUUUCCCUUUGGAACGGUCCUUGCUUGUAGCAAUUCCGCAAAUUAGUAAACAAUGCUCACACAUACAGGUAUUCACAUAAAACAGUCGUAAUAAUCUAGCUAAAACAAAUCGAUAUCAGAAAAUUAAUCAUAGGAAAAAUCAAACGCGGAUCACGUAGGAUCUUUGAGUUUAGGAGCGAAGUGCCUUUUCGAAUGAGUUUACACAUACGUACGUAAAGUUGAGGAAGAAACAGAAAUCAAUAUUAGAAUACUAGCCAAGUGAUAAGUGAAAGAUUUAUUGUUUCGACGAUGGAAGUGUUUAGGACAAGUUUUCCCAUAACAUUUUUUUUUCAGUUUGUUUCUCCUCCCUAAUUAGAUGUUCGUGUAGAUUGAGGAGGAACCCUGAAUGCAUGUAUAGGUCGCGAUUUGGAUUAAAUUUUUGUUGAGGAAUUCAACGUCGGAAGCAGCAGGGAUGCAAUGAAAACUAUCAUCAGUAGUUGUGAUUUGUUAUUGUUUUUUUAUAAACCUACUAUGUAAAAUUAUUUGUAGGGAGUGAUACUAAUAAAAGAUCAUUUGAAUUAUUA